AUGCGAACCGUUCCCAAUGUGUUUGUACUAAACUUAGCGGCCGCAGACGCGCUGUACUGCUGUGCUGCGCCUCUUUACACCUUGUAUGCUCUACACGUAGAUGGCUGGAUACUCGGCAAUGCGAUGUGUAACGUCUACUUCAUCAUGGGGUACAUCAGUGCGUUCUGUAGCGUCUGGUUUCUGACUGCUUUGAGCAUUGAACGAUACAAGGCCGUCACAGAUCCGAUAGGACACUCACAGAAAAUCUCUCAGAAGAAAGCCUGCCGCAUCAUGGCGCCGGCUCUGGUUUUCGUGAAAACCGACGUUGAGGCUUACUACUCCUGUGAGUCGGUGGGCAAAAUUCAUCACGUAACCAAGUGCGAUGUCUUCGCGCCAGAAGGUAUACCAGAAGAACUCUUUAACAAACUCCGUGGCAUUUACAGCUUUACAGUAAACUUCGCAGUGCCGUUGUGUAUCAUCAUACCUCUGUAUGUUAUCAUAUGGCGCAAACUACGGGAAAAGAAACCGUCUACUCUAUCCAUGCAUCUAAUCAGGUCCAGGAACAGAGUAACCAGGAUGGUUGCCGCUGUUGUGGUCUUCUUUGUUAUCGCCUUGCUCCCGUGGCACACUUACUGGAUUCUUCAAUACUUUAAAUUGAUUCAAAACAUGCCUUAUGGUCUGUAUGACGUAUGUUUGGCUCUGUAUGUCGCAAAUUCUACCGUCAAUCCGUUCUUUUACGCGCUAUUGGGUGAUAAGUUCAGACGGUAUAUCAAUAUUCUGUUUUGUAAAUGGCGUCUAUGUGGAAACAAUGCUCAACAAGAAAGGUGUAUUCGGAAAGAGUUCAAUAUCAAUUUUGGAUCUCACCCGUCAGAACCGUCUCAUGAUACACGACUCUAG